GACAAUGCGAUAGCAUCGCCGCAGCAUACCGCAUCACUGGGUAUCUACCGUACAUCUUCCGUGACUUUAUACAGUCCAAAUCAAUAGUCCGUUACAUUCUUUUAACAGCCCACCAUAUACCACAUAUACGAUGAACAAUAUACCCGGAAUGGGCGCCCCAUCGCCUUCGGGACGGACAUACGACCCCAAUGAUCCCAAUAUCAAAGCCAUGAAUGCGAUGAUGGAGUCCUGCUUCGGAAAAUCAGCGAUAUCAGGCGUAAUGGGUUUCGGUAUGGGCGGUCUUUUCGGAGUGUUCAUGGCAUCCAUGGCCUACGACACCCCCUUCCACACCCCCGGCGCCCCCGGCUCGGCCCCGAAACCCAUAGCCGAGCUCCCGACGCGCGAGCAGCUAAAAGUCGGCUUCAAAGACAUGGGCGCGCGCUCCUACAGCACGGCCAAGAACUUCGGCAAAGUCGGCCUCAUGUUCAGCGGCAUCGAGUGCGGCAUCGAAGGCUUCCGCGCCAAGAACGACCUCGCCAACGGCGUCGCCGCGGGCUGUCUCACCGGCGGCAUACUGGCGCGCAGCGGGGGUCCGACGGCCGUCGCCGGCGGCUGCGCGGCCUUCGCGGCCUUCAGCGCCGCCAUCGAUGUCUGGUUGCGGCAGCCCAAGGACGAAUGAAUGAUGUAAACGGUAAUCGACGAGCGCUCUUGCAUUAGAUCGUAUAUACACACGCAUACAAAUAAACGAGACGAAAGGGGGUCAUGGAAUCAUUCAUAGAGGGUCUGGAUGUACUACUAUCGGCUUUAUUAUCGAGCCACCAUACUGGCCGGCUCCCUGGCGUACUGGGAAAUCUAUAUCUUGCAUAGCAUUACGGCGUUGGUGGAUGGGAUGGGAUGGGCUGUUUGUCGUAUAUACAGAGUUCUGAAGACAUCUCCACUUGGGAUUUUGUUUGUUUUUGUCUUUUUUUUUUCUUUGGAAAGAGAUAGAGAAGAAGCCGACUAUGCAUUACAUUCUCUGAGAUAGGGAAGGAAAAGAAGAUGUGGUAUAUAGAAGUUAACAUACCCCGGGCGCGUGUAACAUCACUUCUAGAAGUUGUGUUCUACGUGGAAGAGAGAUAAAUAUCAGAAUGUCGCGUAUACUUUGAAUUGCAGGGC